UUUGCGGGUUUACGUGGAAUACCGUAAACAAGAUGGCGACUACCGCAGCUCAAAACAUUGUGAACGGCAUAGAAAAAUUAAAUGUUAGCGUUGACGACGACUCCAAAACGUCUGCGACUUCCUUAUCAGGGGAUGCAUACAAAGAUAAAUGGGGAUUCUCAUUAGAAGAAGUUUUCAAGAUAGCUUUAAAGUUUUUCAAAGAGAAAGAGGGCAAAGCUUUACAGCUAACGUACCAGUCCAAGCUAAAGCUAGUUGCCCUUUCCAAGCAAGCGACUUUUGGCAAGUUUAGGCCAGACUUGUUGCCCGAUGUGGGCUUCCUAGACGUGGUGGGCAACGAUAGAAGCCAAGGAACUGAUAUCUCCCAGUGGCAAGCCUGGCAGGCACUUGCUGACAUGUCCAAAGAAGCAGCCAUGGCAGAGUUUGUCCAGAAAAUGGCAGAUUCAUGUAGUUUGUUUCAACCUUAUGUGGAGGCUCACAAGGCAGAAAAAGAAGAGGCUGACAGAAAGCAACAAGAGGAAGAAGAGAAGCUGAAACAAGAAGAGGAGGAAAAGAAAAGGAAAGAAACAGAGGAGGUAGCACGCUUAGCUCAGGAGGCAGAGAAGAAGAAACAGCUGGAACAGGAACUACAAAUCCGAGCUGCUCUCAACCAACAGACUCAGGCACAGUUCAGACAAUAUGCUGAGCAACAGUUCCCUAACAAUAAAUCUCAGCAAGAUGAUCUUAUAAAACAGCUUCAAGAUCAACAUUUUCAACAGUACAUGCAACAAGUUUAUCAACAACAACUUUUACAGCAACAGCAACAACAGAAUUCCAGCACUCCCAAUGGGGACUCCUCCAACAGCAACUCCACGUCAGAGCACACCAAGACUGCCGCAUCUCCUAUACCCGAUGGGGUGACUCCCAUUUCACCCUGCGGGGAUGAUGAGGAAGCGGCAAUCACUUCUGUGCCUAAAAUAGUCCCAGCCUCCCUGUGGACCAGAAAAGAUCUGAAAGAGUUUAAAGAUGGCCUGCGAUCAUCUAAGGAAAAUGUAGUCCGCAUUGGCUCACUGGCCACCGCUACGGUGCGGGUGCCCACACAUGAGGAUGGGACUUGUCUGUUCUGGGAGUUUGCCACAGACCACUAUGACAUAGGCUUUGGGGUGUACUUUGAGUGGACAGUCUCUCAGACCAAUACAGUCAGUGUCCAUGUCAGUGAGUCCAGCGAUGAGGAGGAUGAAGAAGAGGAAGGGGCCAAGCCUGAAGAAGGCAAAGCUGGAGAUGUGGAGAAAGGUCCAGGAUCUAAGAAAGCCGAGAACCGACCCCCUACAGACGAGAUUAUACCAGUUUACCGCAGGGACUGCCAUGAGGAGGUCUACUGCGGCAGCCAUACCUACCCAGGUCAAGGGGUUUACCUCCUCAAGUUUGACAACUCCUACUCAUUAUGGCGGUCAAAGACUCUCUACUACCGGGUGUACUACUCAAGAUAAAGAAGUUAUCCCUCUUUGUUGCUAGUGUUGUCAUUGGAGACGUGUGAUAGUAUAAUAGCGGUGCAAGUGUAUGAACAUAUCUUGUUUAACAGUUCUUCUCCCAGAGAUCAUUGUGUCCAAAGCUUUCGCUUUUUUGAACAAUUUCCUUCAGCAGUCGCUUAUGUCUUUAAGUCUUUUUUUUUCUUUUUAAUGUUGUUUUAUUUUUGUACAGUAAAUUUCAGAUGUGGUCACACUGUAUUCCUCAUCAACCAAAAGAUCAUAUAAGAGCUGUCAAAUGGACAAAAGUACAUACGUCUGCUUACUUAGAUUUGGAUUAUGUCCCCCUUUUUUUUUUUUUUUUUUUUUUUUUUUUGUUAAUGUCAGAAGAUUCAUUACACACUUAACAUUUUUUUGUUGGAAACAUGUGUCUUUAAAAAGUUUUUAAUUAAUUAACUAAUUAAAGUGUCUGACCUUUAAGAAUUUUCUGUACCAUGUGACCUGGACUCUCAAGUCCUGGUUUAUUUAACAUGGCUGUGAAUGUUGUAUUGCUGGAUUGUUAAAUUAUUGAGUCUUUUGUGGCCAAGGAAUGUCUAGAAACUCAUGUUUUUAAAUACUUGGUAUUUGAUAGUAAUGUAUCUUACUAUUCAGUGGCUUGGGCUCACUUUCAUUAUCCUAGAGGUAAUUCAUGGAAACAUACAUAGGGUUUGAAAAUAUAGAAUAUGUUAGUUGUGAGAGCUCUUUAGCCCUUAGUUUGAUUAGGAUGAUAUUUUGUUCAUAACAUUAGCGAUAGUUUUCCAUUUAUCAUUUUAACUCUUUCUCUCCGUAAUUAUUGACCACAUUCUGGUGGAAUCAACGCAUUUUUUUUAUGUAGUGCAGAAGUAUCACCAGGGGCGAACUGGGUGUCAAAAUCGGCCCUGGCAUUAUCAUACAAGAGGGUGCAGUGGCUGAGCGGUAAAGCGCUUGGCUUCUGAACUGGGGGCCCAGGGUUCAAAUCCUGGUGAAGACUGGGAUUUUUUAAUUUCGGGAUCUCUGGGUGCCUCUGAGUCCAGCCAAUUCUAAUGGGUACCUGAAAAUUAGUUGGGGAAAAGUAAAAGGUGGUUGGUGGUUGUGCUGUAGGCCACAGAAAGGUUGACUUGUACAUCAUCUUUUCUCCUAUAGAUCCCAAGGUCUGAAAAGGGAACUUUACUCUAUUACCAUACAGUCUGACUCACAUAUUAAAUUGCCAUAUGAUGUAAAUCAGUUGUUACUCGUCCCCAUAAUAAUUAUUUAAAGUUUCUAUAGUGCAUUGAAAACUGAAAGCAAGCAUGCGUACGUGGGUUUAUGUUGAACUAAUGUAACGUAGUGCAUUCCUAUAUCUAGAAAAUGAAAAGUAAGUCGCCAAUCACAAAUUCAGUACUUAAUGUCAUUCAAAGUGGCCCAUUCGGUGACUUCACCAGCCCAUCUGGAAACAGGCCCACUGGUAUUUGCCUGAAUGCCCAUAUAAACAGUCCGCCCCUGAGUAUCACCGUUAUCACAUGUGUAACUCCUAAAUGUUCUAUUAUUUGGAGAUUGGUGAUCAUUAAAGGUGGAUUGGAUUAGAUAAUUUUGUUAUAAUUAUAUUAGCUUUGGUUUAUUUACGGGAAAAAAAAUUGUACAGUGACAUCCAAUUGUAAUUUUCAACAUUAGUCCUGUUUUGUGACAGCCAUGUUUAUAUUCCAUAAAAAUGUUUCUUUUGUCAUGUCUAAAUGUUCAUUUGUUAUGCACUGCCCUAUAUUAAGAUAAUUAAUUAACCCAAACAGUUCUAAUUCAUCUGUAAGCCUUGCAUUAAGUCAGUUGUACGUGUCUAGGUCAGUGAUAUUUUUCUCAUUUCUUUGUUUUUUUAAAAAGAUGUCCUGCCUUCAGCGUCUGCUACUUUUACGUGUCCCAGUAUUUAUUAGUGUGCAUAAUAUCAUUCAGUUUCAUUUUGGGUGUACAAGUGUUUGCAUUGGUUGCUAUUUAUUCAAGGAACUGUAACUUUUUUGUUUCACAAACACGGCCAAUUGUUUUUUUAUUGUAAGAGUGAAGGAACACAGACUAUGGCGCUAGUGAUUCUCUUGUUGUACCCUAUUGUAAUGAAACUAGUAAAAAAAAUAAUUUCUCGGGUUGAUCUUGGUACAUUGGUAUUUUUCUUGGGUUAGUCUUGGUAUUUUUGUGUGUCAAUUGUGUGUGGUAGAAUGAACAACUCCUAGUCCCAGCAGGGAAAACAAACAGCUCAUGUGAGAAACUUUAAUAAAGUUCAGGUGAUUUCUAAAUGAACUGUUGACUUGGACAAUACUGUCAAGUACAAAACAAUGUUAAGGUCAAAGAUCACAGUCUCAACUAUCCACAUUCUAUCUUUGAGAGCAUAACGUAUGCAUAUUUUCUUGAGCUAUUCAGAGAACAAUUUCUUGAUAGUUUGAAAUUGGUCAACAGAAUUUCUAGGUGAGAGAUUCAGUGUGUAUGUGUUUAAAGGUUUGAAAAUCUGUGAAAAGGUUGAGUAUCAAUGGAGAUGAUCUGUGUAAGAGGAUUGAUAGAAUAAACCAAUGCCUCAUCCCUUUUGUCUUGUUUGUCAUGUCACAUUGAGCUACUGUGCUAUUUAAAGCGAACAUUGUAGCCAGCUCUAUGGUCUCAGUGUUUGUGUGUGUGUGUAUGCAGCCACUGAUUUAGAUUUACUUCAAAGACCAUGUGAUGUUUUAUUUUAAACUUCUGACAACAGAAAUGUUUUAUAUGCCAAGCUAAACUAUUGAUAUAUUCAAAUACAUUUCUAUAUUUGACAAUGUUCCUUUGACUUGAUCAACAUUUGUGCACAUAAUAUACUUCUAAUAUAUUGAGCAUUUAUAUUUUCUUACAAUCUCAAGCAAUGGUGGGAAAUAACUAAGAACUACUGUGGGAAUAUCUUGAUAUAUAUAUAAAUAUAUAUACACUUUGCAUAGCAAA